GAACAGUGACAUCAUCGGCAUGGCCGUGGCAGGAUGUGUCAGUUUCGUCCUUUUCUCCGUGGUGAUUGCUUACAUUAUCAUCACCUUCCACUGGAAGAAUUGGUUUAACGGUUGGAUGCGGUUGAGGGGUAAGGUUCGAAUGCCGAGGGCUUACAUUCACAAGAAGGAGGAGGCCAAAAGAAGACUGAUCACCACCACGCCAGUAUCUAAGAGCAUUGAUGCGACGAUUGAGCUGGAAGAUGAGGAUGAGGAGGUAUUUACUAUAGAGACGGAAGUCAUGGACGACGAG